UCGCAAACGGCGGGGGUGGGGCCGCCCGCCCAACUGCCGCCUGCCGCGGAGGCGAGGAGGGCCCGGCGCGCUGUCCCCGCCCGCCCUGCGGCCUCCGGCCCGCCCUCCCGCGCAGCCGCCGCCGAGUUCGCCUGCGCCUCGCCCCGCCAGCCAUGCUACUCUUGGGGGCGCUCCGCCGGCCCCUGGCCGCCUCCGCCGCCCGCCUGGCCCGCGAGAGGGCCCGAGCCCGCCCGCAGGUAUAUGCAUCCCUUGCUACAGGGCCCAGACAAGAUAAUGGCAUUUUCUAUGAAAUUCGCACCUAUGACGUUAAGCCGUCGAAGAUGAAGGAGUUUGUGGAAGUGAUCAAUCAGCAUAUUCACCUUCGCACAGCCCAUUCUGAGCUGGUGGGAUUCUGGACUGUGGAGCUGGGGGCAAUGAAUAAGGCUAUCCAUAUCUGGAAGUAUGAUAAUUUUGCCCACAGAACAGCAGUCCGGGCUGCAAUAGCCAAUGACAAAGAUUGGCAGGGAAAGCUCUCUCUAAUUCUCACCUGUGUAGAAAAACAACAUAAUGAAGUUGCUUAUCUGGUACCCUGGUGUCAACUUGGGAAGCCUCCAAAAGAAGGGGGAGUAUACGAAUGGGUUACUUUUCAGAUGAAACCCGGUGGGCCAGCUCUGUGGGGUGAAGCAUUUCGAGCAGCAAUCAACACUCACAUCAACACAGGCUACACUAAGCUGAUUGGUGUUUUCCAUACAGAAUAUGGAUUACUUAACAGAGUGCAUGUGAUCUGGUGGAAUGAGAGUCCAGACAACCGGGCAGCAGGAAGGCACAAGGCCCAUGAAGAUGCCAGAGUGGUAGCAGCUGUGCGGGAAAGUGUCAGAUUCUUGGAGUCCCAGGAAAAUAUGCUGCUGGUUCCUCUGCAUUGUUCACCACUGAAGUAGCCUUCUACUAAAUGAUGUGAGCAGUGGCAGAAAAGACACAAGACAGAAGUCCCAUCAGCAGGUACUAUCACAUGGAUCUUCAUACCCUUAUGAACUGAGCCAAUUGUUCUUCAGUUUGCGACAUGUGGCUGCAAAACACACACCUCUGGCAAUGUAAAUUACUAAAAUGCUAAAGAGAAGAGUUUAUUGUGAUGACCCUAGAUCCCCCAAUAGGAAUUCAAGUCAUAUCAGUUAUGGCAUGAAACUCGCCCUGCAGAUCCUUCAUUUUAGCCCCUGACUUCUUCAUACUUUUCUGUAUAGCAAGAUCACUAAUCAGCGCUAUAACAUAACAUGCUCUUUUCCAAGGUUACAACUGUGCAAUACUAUUUCCUUAAUGUAUUUUGGUUACUUUUGUAAUUGUUACAUCUGGGUUGUUACCUACCAGCUUAAGAAAGAAUGGUCCCACUCGUCAUUGUAUCCAAGGUAUUAUAUUUUGACCAUCUCAAUGGGAUGUUUUGUAGUGAUUCUUAACAGUGUAAAAUUUUGAUGCAAUUGGGAGUUAUGUCCAAGAAAUCAUGCGGUAGAACUGGUUAGACGAUGUUGUGAUGAACAUUUAUCUACUAGCUAAUUUUAGGUCAUUUCAACACUUUCAUUUUGAAUUCAGUAAACACUUUCUCAAAACUGUAGAUUACAAACAUAAUUUACUUUAAUUUAGCUAUUUUAAUACUUGUUUAAUGUGCUAAAAAUGAUGGGUCCUUCAUGUUCAAAUAUGUAUCACAAGCUCAGCUGAUACACACGUGCUUACAUUUUUUGAAAUACUUUUUGCCAGACUGUUAAAAGCCAAAUAAAUUUGUGUAAAGCACAAA